CUAGCCGUCUAGGAAUGCGCUGCACAUUACGGGACUACGCCAACCAGGGCCAACCUGCCCCUUACCUUGUCCAUCUGGCUAGCUUCCUUUUGGCCUGGUGCACCCGGCAGGUCCUCGCUUCGUCCCUGUGUCCAGAGGCAACCCUGCCGACAUCCUCACCAGCUCAACCCACCAGAGGGAUGCAGGUCCAAGCCCUGGCGACUCUACCACAUUUGGCCCUUGCUGGGGUUGGCAGCGUCAAAUCAGCAUAAACGGGCAUGAAUGCCUAACGAUGCCUACGUGCCGUUGCGGCCGUAGUGGCAAAGCUUGCGUGUAGCUGUAACUGGCAGAAGGGGACAUACCAUCCAAGAGCGGGCGUUGAACUGGGAGGGUAAGGGGCACACGAGUGCAAGGGUGGUGGCACGAUGCAGCUCAUGGCCGCUGGCGGAUGAGCACUUCCGAGCUCCAAUCCGGUAAUUCCCAUCCGGGGGCUGGCAGGACGUGUAUCACUGCGCUCGCACACCGGUACAGCUUUUUGUAUUAGUCUGGGCCUGCGAGCAGCUGCGCUCUGACUCUGAACACUGACACUCCUAUCAUUUCUCGUUCACGUCCAGUUGCGCUAGCAGACCUCUUACGACAGUAGUUUUACUACGUAUCAAAAUGAAGCUGGCUUCAAGCCAGCCCCUCGUGCGGCCAGCCCGCCGGGGGCAGGUUGCCACUCCUUGCCGCACGCAGUGCUCGCGCAAGCCUGUGACGGUCGUGGCGAAGGCACCUGCGAACCCUUAUCGCGUCACGCCCGGAGCAGCUGCCAUCAGGUCCUCCGCCGCCCCCGCCAGCUCCGCGGCGCCGGUCUUCGGCCAGCGGCGUCUGUCAGCUCUCCGCCCCGGCUCUCGCCAGGGCGUCAGCGGCCGUGGUGCUGCUAGUUCCGGGCCAUGGGUGCAUGUCGCGGCCUACCGCCGCGGCGCCACCACCAUCGUGUGCGCGGCGCUGGCCGAGUCUCCCACGGACAUGACUUCCGUGCAGUCGCUGCUGAGCGAGAAGAUCAAGGCGGAGUCGGAGCUGGUGGUGGGCUGGCUGGACAACGGCAUGCAGUACGUGCUGCUGCCCAACAAGCUGCCGCCCAAGCGCUUCGAGGCGCACCUGGAGGUCCACGCCGGCUCCGUGGAUGAGCGCACGGACGAGCAGGGAGUGGCCCACCUGGUGGAGCACGUGACGUUCCUGGGCUCCAAGCGGCGCGAGGACCUCCUGGGCACGGGCGCGCGCGCCAACGCCUACACCGACUUCCACCACACCGUGUUCCACGUGCACGCGCCCGCGGUCAACGGCAUCACGGGGCAGCCCAUGCUGCCGCAGGUGCUGGAGGCGCUGGAGGAGAUUGCCUUCCACCCGCAGUUCAGCGCCAGCCGCAUUGAGAAGGAGCGCAAGGCGGUGCUUGCGGAGGCACAGAUGAUGAACACCAUCGAGUACCGCGUGGACUGCCAGCUGCUGACGUACCUGCACGAGGAGAACGCGCUGGGCUGCCGCUUCCCCAUCGGCCUCACGGAGCAGGUCAAGACGUGGCCGCACGACACGCUCAAAGCGUUCUGGGAGCGCUGGUACUUCCCUGCCAACGUGACGCUGUACGUGGUGGGUGACCUUGAGCGGAGCACGGAGGACACCAUUAAGCUCAUACAGCGCACCUUCGGCCGCGUGCCGCCAGGCCGCGAGCCGGCGCCGCCGCCCUCGGCCGCGUCGCUGCCGCCGCCGCUGCCAGCGGCCGCCGCCGCGGCGGCAGCGGGCGUGAACGGCAAUGGCAACGGCAACGGUGCGGCAGCCGCCGCGGCUGUGGAGGGACCGCUGAAGAAGAAGCACGCGGUGCGGCCGCCGGUGCAGCACAAGUGGGGCUACGGGCCGCUGGCGCCAGGCGAGCAGCCGGCGGAGGUGAAGAUCUUCCGCCACCCGCUGCUGCAGCACUUCAUGCUGUCCGUGUUCUGCAAGCUGCCCAUCCAGUCCAUGACGCGCAUGGCGCACCUCAAGCAGCUGCUCAUGCUGCGCAUCAUCCUGUCCGUAUUCCAGUUCCGGAUCAACGGCCGCUACGUGACCGGGCAGCCGCCGUUCCUGUCCAUCGCUCUGGACAUCAGCGACAGCGGCCGCGAGGGCUGCGCCGUGUCCACCCUCACCGUGACCUCGGAGCCGGCGGACUGGCAGGGCGCCGUGAGCGUGGCGGUGCAGGAGAUGCGGCGCAUGCAGCGCCACGGCCUGACGCAGGGCGAGUUCGACCGCUACCGCCAGGCCAUCCUGCGCGACAGCGCGCAGCUGGCAGAGCAGGCCAACAAGAUUCCCAGUGUGGACACGCUGAACUUCGUGAUGGAGAGCCUGGCGUGCGGCCACACGGUGAUGGGGCACCGCGACGCGCACGCGGCCAUGAGCGCCGUGGCGGACACGGUCCAGCUGGAGGAGGUGAACGCGCUGGCUCGCUCCAUGCUCACCUUCGCCUCCGACUACGGCGCGGAGGAGCAGAUGCUGGCCACCGCCGCCGCUGAGGGCAAGGUGGACCCCGCCCACUGGCCCUACCUGGGCCCCACGCGCUGCACCUCCAUUGUGGCCUGCAUCCCCGCCUACGUGGACGCCAGCGGAGCCUCCGUCAGCGCCGGCAGCACCGCCGGCCGCGGAGGCAGCCUGGGCGCGGCGGGCCACCUGGACGCGGACGCCAUUGACCUGGAGGCGCUGGAGGCGCAGUCAGCCCAGGCGGAGGAGUUCGAGGUGCCCGAGGGCGCGGUGAAGUUCGACCCUUCGCCGGCCGAGAUCUCGGCGGCUCUGGCCGACCCCAGCCUUGACUGCAGCGCGGCGGAGGACGUGGAGCUGCCGGAGCGGCUCAUCAGCGAGGAGCAGGUGGAGGCGCUGGUGGCGGAGCGCCGGCCCGAGUACGUGGAGGUGGUGCCGGGAGGCGACGCCUUCCCGCCGCCGGACCCGCACAGCGGCAUCGUGCAGCGCCGCCUGUCCAACGGCAUCGCCAUCAACUACCGCUACACCGAUAACGAGCCGCGCUCAGGCCUGCUGCGACUGAUCGCCAACGGGGGUCGCAUUGCGGAGCGCCCCGGUGUGGGCGACUUUGGCCGCGUGGUGGUCGGCACUCGCACGCUGAGCGAGAGCGGCGCGGUGGGGCCAUGGGCGCGCGAGCAGAUCGAGGUGUUCUGUGUGGCCAACCUGGUCAACUGCGCGCUGGAGGCGGACGAGGAGAACAUCGUCAUGGACUUCCACUUUAGCGCCGUGGACGGGGGGCUGGAGGCCAUGUUCCAGAUGCUGCAUUGCUUCCUGGAGGCACCGCGCUGGGAGGAGCCGGCCAUGGAGCGGGCCAAGCUGGCGUUCCUGGCGUCCGUCAAGUCGGUGCACAAGUCCCUGGAGCGCGCCACGUCGGACCGGGUGCUGGACGCCAUGCUGGGCCGCACGGAGCGCUGCUUCCGCGACCCCACGCCUGAGGAGCUGGACGCGCUGACGCUGGAGGGCAUGCGGCAGGCCGUGUCCAAGUUGCUCACCAGCGGCAACUUUGAGCUCAACGUGGUGGGCGACUUCGAUGCCGCCGAGCUGGAGCACCUUGCGCUGGCGUACGUCGGCACCGCCCGCGCCGCGCCCGCGCCGCAGCCGCUGCACAUGCACCCCAUUGUGUUCCGGGACCCGCCGGAGCAGGAGCGCCACCAGACCUGGCACCUCAAGGACUCUGACGAGCGCGCGGUGGCCUACAUUGGCGGCCCCGCGCCCGCCCGUUGGGGCCCGCUGGGCUACUUCGGGCCACUGUCGCCGCUGGCCGGACCCGUCAAGCCGCCCAUGGCCUCCAAGGCCAUGAUGGACCCCAACACGCGCGCCGAGGCCGAGGCCAGCCGCCGCAACCACCCGCUGUUCGCCAGCGUGAUGCUGAUGCUGCUGACGGAGAUCAUCAACAGCCGCCUCUUCACCACGGUGCGCGACUCGCUGGGCCUGACGUACGACGUGUCGUUCGAGGUGACGCUGUUCGACCGCAUCCGCUCCGGCUGGUUCAUGGUGCACGUCACCAGCCACCCCGACAAGAUCUACGACGCGCUGAACGCCAGUGUGGCGGUGCUGCGCGACAUCCGCUACGCGCCCGUGAACCGGCGCGAGCUGGCGCGCGCCAAGACCACGUUGCUGACGCGGCACGAGUCCGACCUCAAGGACAACGCCUACUGGCUGGGCCUGCUCACGCACCUGCAGAACCCGCACGUGCCGCACAAGACGCUGGAGUGCCUGCGCGACCUGCAGCGCCUGUACGACGCCGCCACGGUUGACGACAUCAAGUACGUGUACGAGCAGUUCCAGUUCGACGACGACAAUCUCUACACCUGCGUCGGCACCAGCGGCAAGGAGGCGCCGCCCACGCCUGAGCGGCCGCUGGCCGCGCUCUCCUACGCCUCCUCCGACGACGAGGAGGAGCUCGAGGCGGCGGCGGCCAGCGGCCAGCGCUCGCCCACCGCCGGCGGCAGCCCCAUGCCCAACCCUAUGGCCCUGUUCACGGCGUGGAUGGCAGCGACGCAGGCGCCCAACAUCCGGAAGGCCUUCAACGAGGCCAACGGCGCGCCGGGCGCGCCCCCCGGGCAAGGGCAGGGGCAGCAGGGCGGGCAACAGUGAAGGCGGUGAGGAUGCGUGGCCGUAGUUGUUGCGGUGGUGGCGGUGGUCUGUGUGCGCCUGCGGUGCGAGAGCCGUGCGAGUGCGGAGCGGGAUGGGGCAGGUGCAUGGUGGUGACCGCGCGGUGUGUGUACGGUAGCGAGGGCAAGAGGACACGCUUAUAAUAUCAGACAGCAAGGUACGGUUUGGUGUCGAUGCGCGAGAGGUACUGCGCGAUGGCCAGUGUGUGGGUCACAAACAAUGGAAUAGGGUAUGAAGUCCAGUUGUCGUUGGCAAAGGCGGCGCCAGACGGUGCGGAUGCAUGCACCGUUUUUGGUUGCUUCGGAAGCAAGCGAGUGCAGGAAAGCGUGCGUGCACAGUGUUCUUUGCAGACAGAACAUCAGAAACUGGCGCCGGUUAUUGCAAGUUUGUACACCUGGUGUUCUCGGUGUGUUUUUAAGGAUUGUGAUCAAGUUGGCAGCGUUGCCUGCCGAUGUGGUGAGUGUGUUCACGUGUGCGGAUGCUGUGGCGUUUGUUGCACCUGAUGCGAUCGCAGUGAUGCAAGGCAGGGCCGGCAUGUCCCACGUGUGUCCUGGACUUGGCGCCUUCGAGAGCGAGAGUGCAUGAGUGCGUUGUCGUGGUGUGCUGCUGGAUGUUGGUUGUGAGGAGCGGCUUUCACGAGCUCCUAGGUAGGAGGGCUCGAACGGCUGCUUUCGACGCUGUCGUAUUGCGUGGCGCGACCACGUGCACGCAUGCCAGCGCGUCAGCAGGUGUAACGGUAUAUCAAA